UCCCGGCGUGCCUCGCGCCGGCGUGGCGGCCGUCUUUGGAGGGGUGACUUCAGCUCUCCCUUUUCGGUGGUAGCCAGCCGGUGCUCAUUGUUCUUCCGCGAGCUCGGAGUUUGUGGCAGGAGCCGGGGCAAGGGAGGGUGCAGCCGCGGAAAUUGAGCGGAACCCUCGGGGACCCGGCUCGGUUGCUGGCAGAAGAUGGCUGAGGCUGAGCGGCAGCCGCCCCCAGAGUCUUCAGAGGAGACCCCUCCAGCCACGCAGAACUUCAUCAUUCCGAAGAAGGAGAUCCACACAGUUCCGGACAUGGGCAAAUGGAAGCGUUCUCAGGCGUACGCUGACUACAUCGGAUUCAUCCUCACCCUCAACGAAGGUGUGAAGGGGAAGAAGCUGAGCUUGGAGUACACAGUCUCGGAGGCCAUCGAGAAGCUGGUCGUGCUUCUCAACACGCUGGACAGGUGGAUUGACGAGACCCCUCCGGUGGACCAGCCCUCACGCUUUGGGAACAAGGCCUUCAGGACCUGGUACGCCAAGCUCCAUGAGGAAGCAGAAAACCUUGUGGCCACAGUGGUCCCCACCCAUCUGGCAGCGGCUGUGCCCGAAGUGGCUGUUUACCUGAAGGAGUCCGUGGGCAACUCCACACGUAUCGACUAUGGCACAGGGCAUGAGGCAGCCUUUGCUGCUUUCCUCUGCUGCCUCUGCAAGAUUGGGGUGCUGCAGGUGGAUGACCAGAUAGCCAUUGUCUUCAAGGUGUUCAAUCGGUACCUGGAGGUUAUGCGCAAACUCCAGAAGACUUACAGGAUGGAGCCGGCUGGCAGCCAGGGUGUGUGGGGCCUGGAUGACUUCCAGUUCCUGCCCUUCAUCUGGGGCAGUUCGCAGCUGAUAGACCACCCAUUUCUGGAGCCCAGGCACUUUGUGGACGAGAAGGCCGUGAACGAGAACCACAAGGACUACAUGUUCCUGGAGUGUAUCCUGUUCAUUACUGAGAUGAAGACCGGGCCAUUCGCAGAGCACUCCAACCAGCUGUGGAACAUCAGUGCGGUCCCCUCGUGGUCCAAGGUGAACCAAGGUCUCAUCCGCAUGUAUAAGGCUGAGUGCCUGGAGAAGUUCCCCGUGAUCCAGCACUUCAAGUUUGGGAGCCUGCUGCCCAUCCACCCUGUCACCUCCAGCUAGCAGGGCUGAGUUGCAGUCACCCAGGCUGGGUUCCCGAGCCCUCCUGACCCCGGAUGCCCCUGCCCCACCCUGUGUUCUGUUUGAUGAGAGGCUGUUUACUGGGGUGGGUGCUAAGCAGGGCUUGGGCUGAAGGACCUGGGUUGGGAGAAGUGACCAAAGUGUGGCCAGUGUCCUGACCUCUCUGUGGCGGUCAGGCGAGAAGAGAGGAACUGGGACCUGACUCCUGUUCCCGGCCUCCCUCUCCCCCUUCUCUCCUGCAGUGCCACUUGGAGACCAGGGGCUGUGGGAAGGGGCAUCUUGCUUUCCAUUGCUUUCUCUCCCCUUUCCCACCCAUGCCUUUCCGAGGGUUAGAGUUCUGUUCCUUGCAGGGUGGGUCUGCUCCCCAGGCCUUGUUUGGGUGGGUAUCUGGGUGUCUGCUGCAGGGCUGGAGGCUGAGGUUGGUGGCCAGCCAUGGGGUGGGUGUGGAGAGGCCUUGCUGUUCCAGCUGGCGGGCUCCCAGGCUCCUCAUCGAGGCUGCCCCUGGGCCCAGGGCCUCAGCUUGGCUUUUGUGUUCUCCAGCCCUUGGCUUGGCCAUAACCACAUUUCUCCCUCCCCAGAGGUCACCCAGCUGUGAAAGCUGCCCUUUGGGUAGGUGCUGGGCUCUGGGAGGGCUCUGGAGUGUGUGAGGCCUGCCUUUCCAGAACUUUCCCAGCAUGGAGAGGCAGCAGAGACUCAGGGAGGGGCUUGGGGCUGAUUCCUCCGGGCGCCCAGGCCUGGCUGCUUCUGGCACCACUUCGCUACUGUGACUUCCCUGGGGCACUCAGCCUGCUCUGCUCCCUUGGGCAGGUGGGUGCUGGCGUGACCAGGCUGGGGGUAGCCACCCUAUGCUUCCUUGUCCUCCUGCCUCCAUGAUGGGAUGAGGUAAGGGAUGGUGCCCAGGCCCAGGUGCUGGCUCUCAGUGCGGGCCGGGCCGGGGGCACAAGUUGUGCUGCUAGGUGCCUACCCAUUUCCUCCUGCCCUCCUAGCCUGCCCUUCACCACCCCUCCUGGGUCUGGGUCCGUAGAACCUGUGGGGAAGGCACUCCGAGCAGCACGACCCAGGGGUUCAGUGGUCUGGGCAGAGGUUGGGACAGGAUUGUCAGACUCGAAGACAGAUUCUGGAGAGGCCGGCACAGCCUCCUCCCAGGCCAGGCCUUGGCCCUCCUGGCUCCCUGUCCCCUGGGCCCCAGCCCCUGCACCUGUGUUGCUGUUCGGAUUAAAGCCUCUGUUUUGCACCUGUU